CUUCCAUCCAAUCAGCUGAGUUUCGAGUCUCGAUAUUUUCGGGUAUUUGGACCUGCGAAAUUCAAAUGGAAACCAAAACAAACCGCCGCCACCGCAACGCAGCAGGUAGUUCGCGUGCGGGUAUUGCUCGAGAGAUUGUUGUGCUUCUUACGGCGACGGUUAACUGUCAAUCUCCACAGGACGAUUCCUGGAAUUCGGCUUAAUCCUGCGAAGAAUGCGGAGAGCUCUUGAUGUGUUUACUGAACCAAAUAGGUUGAUCAUUUUAUAUCGAUGCGGAGCUUAUCAGACUACGAAGUCCUCUCCGUGCUAGGCUGCGGAUCCUCCGGGACUUGCUUCAAAGUCCGGAACAAGCAAUCAAGCGAGAUAUUUGCGUGGAAGGCGGUUGACUAUGUUGUGUGGGAAGAGUCAUUGCUUGCUGAAUUCGAGCUUCUUCUCGAGCUCGAACAUCCGAAUAUCGUGCGACACUUGGAUUAUGUUCUUAAUAAGGAAACGCAGACGGUGUACAUCGUCAUGGAAUACUGCGAAGGAGGCGAUUUGUCGCAACUCAUCGAACAGUGCAAGUGCCACAGUGUAUUCCUCUUGGAGGACUUCAUCUGGCGAGUGCUCUAUCAAAUUUGUCGGGCUUUGCAAAUGUGCCACAGUAAAUUCGCUUCGGGGUCGGUACUGCACCGAGACAUCAAGCCGGCAAAUGUGUUCCUAGAUGGGAAUGGAAAUGUGAAAGUCGGUGACUUCGGACUGGCCAAAAUAUUACGAUCAGAAAGACCAUUCGCGGAGAGUUUCGUUGGGACGCCGUAUUACAUGAGUCCCGAGAUAAUGAAAGGCAAAAAGUACUCGAGGAAGUCAGAUGUCUGGUCACUGGGCUGUUUGGUUUAUGAAAUGUGUGCCCUGAAGCCUCCUUUCGGUGGAAGGUGGAUGGAGCAGCUUUCCCAGAACAUUACCAGAGGGAAUUUCAGGCGCAUCCCGGAUUGCUACUCAGAUGAUUUGCAAAAUAUGAUCGCGUUCAUGUUGGACGUGAGUAAUGACUCCCGGCCCAGCGUAGACGUCGUUUUGCGCCAUCCAAUUCUGGCUGGUCAUGUUCCUAGCGGGGACAUCUCGUUCCCUCCGUUCGUAAACUUGUCUUCACAGGGGAUGAAAUUCAGUCCUGCACCGGACUUUUCCAGUACAGCACUCCCCAAUGAGCUGAACAGUCUCUCAACUCCGGCAUUGCGGUCAGCACUUUUCGGCUCAAUCCAUCGUAAACUUUUUUCAACAUCUGACCCCGAUUUGAGCAGUGUAACUGUAGGCAGCCACCUAGACCAGGACACAGUCCAUCAUAAGACCAUCGAGCCAAGCGCAGUCACUCAAAAUAUAUUCAACGAAGCGUUGGCGGACAGGCUGCACGCGAUUCGAGUGCGAGAGAGUUUAAUCAAGCAAAAGGAAGCGGAGCUGGACGCUAGGGAGAAGGAGCUAAACGAAAGGGCAAAACGCAUUGCUGCGAAAGAAAAAUCGCUCGAGGAGUUGUUGAAGCGUAAAUGCAGUGUCCGCCGAAGCAAGAAACCUUCUAAGAAGCCAUCUUACGACGACAUUGAUAGUAGCUUAGCUCCGAAUGACACGAUAACACCGCCUACAGUAGCGAAGCUCGAUCUGGCCACAAUGAAGCGUCCGAAAGCCAUGCAAAAGGUCACAUUCCAGUCCCCCAAGAAAUACGUGCAAUACAACAUUGAGAAUGUCCCGCCCGACCCGGGGAACACACAAACCUUCAGAACAAGCACUUCUAGUAAAACUAGCGAUGACUCGGAUAAAGUUCGGCGACUAAAGUCAGUAUUAUCCUUUUUCGGAGGCCACAGAGCGCCUAAAGUGCAGGGAAAGACCAUACAGACCAGCAGGAGCGAAGUGGAACCCGAAGCAAUUGCGAGCAAGUGGACCAACGAGAACAAGAAGGCAGCAUUUAAAAUCCUGGCAGAGAUGAAUGAAGCUGGCAGGCAGCAGAGCGUGAAUCGCGGGUCGACUCGACGUUCCCUCAUCGUCCGCAGGACUCCUGCGGGAGACUUUCAAUUGUAAAUCCUAAAAUGCACCGUGCAAUCAAAGUAAUAAGAUCAGAAUCGUGUUAAA